CGUUUGAAUCACAUCUUUUAAGAACAAUCUGAAUAUUAAAUUAUAUCGUUUCCAUUGUAGAGGAAGCUCUACUUGACUUCGCAGGGAAAUAGCACAACCAGAGUGACUAUCGCCCCCCCUCCUCAACGCCACUACCCCUACUUAAAAUAGCACGCCCACUCCUGCGCUGUCUGUCCGGGUGAGUGCACCAGAGGCUGCGGCGCCGAGUCUCGUCACGCCGGUCGUCUGUGGACGUUGCCCGGCUGGCAGACCGGCCAUGGCGGCGGCCACGCAGCAGAAGGAUUGUAGACCGAUCCGGAGGGUCCGUUCCAAGAGUGACACACCUUACAUUAAUGAAGCAAGGCUCUCUUUGCACCUGGAAACAGCUGAAGGAUUUGAAAAACUGGCAGCAAUGCGCUCCGAUUCACUGGUACCUGGGACACACACACCUCCAAUUAGGCGACGGAGUAAAUUUGCUUCUCUGGGGCGUCUUUUUAAACCCUGGAAAUGGAGAAAGAAGAAGAGUGAAAAGUUCAAGCAGACUUCUGCUGUGCUGGAGAGAAAAAUGUCUACACGGCAGAGCAGAGAGGAUCUUAUCAAGAAAGGAGUGCUGAAGGAAGUUUAUGAGAGAGACCUUUCAUCUUCAUCUAUAGGGGAGGAGGAGAAGCUAGAAAAUGGCUGCUCUCCAUUGCACAGGUGCAGCUUGUCGCAAACUGAAGGUACUGAGCUAAUGGAAGGACCGGCUGCAACUGGAGGUUCACUUGAGUUUGAGAACCCUCCUGAUAGUACAAGUCAACAGAACAACACCCAAAAAUUAAACCACACUCCUCCAACAAAAAAGCCUCCAGUGUAUCCAGGGAAUGAUACUGAAUCUACACUGCACAGACCUCCUACAUUACACAAGCAACCUCCUUCACUACCACCCAAGCCCUUCACCAGGAUACCAAAUCACAGUACAGAUGCCACCUCGGUAAAGUUGCCGUGCAUGUCGGUGAAGUUAUCACCUCCUCUACCUCCAAAGAAGCUCAUGAUCUCCGUACCUGCAGGGAGCAUGGAACCCUUGGCACCUUUGCUCACCUUCCAGAAGUGCUCUGCACCUCCCAGCCAUGCAGCUGUGGGUGGGCACUCACUGCAGUACGGAACACUUCCUGUUCCUCUUCACCCAUCCAGCCGAAUCAUUGAGGAACUCAACAAAACCCUCGCCCUAACCAUGCAAAGGUUUGAGAGUUCUAAGAUGCGCACUGUUCCUACACUGAUGAUGGAUUGUGACGGCAAAGAAAAUCUCCCAAACGAAGCUGACUAUGAAGACAUACCUGUAAUCUAUGGGGAUGAUGAUGAAGAAGAAGAGGAAUUUGAGGAGGAAGAGGAACAAGUGGAGGAAGAGGAUGAUGAUGAUGAUGACGAUGAAGCAUUGUUUACAAGCACACUAGCCCUAAAGGUGUUACGGAAGGACUCUUUAGCCAUUAAAAUCAGUAACCGUCCAUCGAAGAGGGAGCUGGAGGAGAAGAACAUUCUGCCACUGCAGUCCAAUCAGGAGAGACUCGAGUCCCGACAGCAAACUGCAACCAAACUCACACGACGAUUGAGUCAACGCCCAACCGCUGAGGAACUGGAACAGAGGAAUAUUCUGAAACCUCGAAAUGAUCUGGAGGAGCAGGAGGAGAAGAGGGAGAUCAAGAGACAUUUAUCCAAAAAACUCAGCCAGAGGCCCACCGUGGAAGAGCUGAGAGAAGCAAAGAUCCUCAUUCGCUUUAGUGACUACGUGGAAGUUGCUGAGGCUCAGGACUAUGACAGGAGAGCAGAUAAGCCCUGGACAAGACUAACAGCUGCUGACAAGGCUGCAAUAAGAAAAGAGUUGAAUGAGUUUAAAAGCACAGAAAUGGAUGUGCACGAGUCAAGUCGUCACCUGACCAGUUCCUGCAUUUGGGUCCUACCUCUCGUUCAGAUGGGACGUGACAGAACGAACUGGCCCUCACAGGACCCAGCAGGAAAGACCCGGCGUCGCCGGGACCGACGCAAGGUAGACCGUCUGCCGGAGGACCAAGCCUGUCCAAUCCGGGUUUCAUCGGCCAUAAAGGAAGCCCAAGUUGAUAUUCCCGCACAGACUACCAGUGGUCAGAAAGGUGUCUGCUGCUCUUCUUCUGUGAUCACUUCCAACUGACCACAUACCUGGCAUCUCUUUCUCUUCUCUACUUAGAUUUGAAAAUGAUUUUUCUAUCAACAAACUUGACAUUUUUGUCAAGUCAAAUGUCUGUCAAUUUUGAUGAAUUUAAGGAAGACUGGUCUUUAAAACUACAACUACUACGCAUUUGGACAUUCUAAUGCAGUCUCAGACUUCUUUGACAUUUUUUAUUUCUAUUGAAUAACGGAUCUAUGUAUAUCCAUUAAUGUCUGGUAUUUUUCAGGUUACACGGCACUUUGCAGGCAGCAACAAUUCUAUUCUGUUAAAAUUGCACUAUGUCGAGAAUUGUGACAGGGUACAUUGAUCAUGUUCUAUAUUCAAGCAGAAUGAAAUGUUAUGUGCAAUUGACAAAGAAAGUUACACACUAAGACAUCAAUGGACUUAAGUGAUCUUUAAUACUGUAUAAAAUUGGGGGUGGGCGGGGACGUCUAUAUCUGUAUUUGUGGGAACAUUUUCAUAGCUUCCAGGUGAGUUCAACGCUCACCCAACGCUCUUCUCGCAAAAUCGAAUGUCUUCAAAUUCAUCAAUCAACUGCUCAAUAGUCUUAGAUUCAUCUUUGUUUAUGACAGGGGUGCCCAGACUUUAUUACCUCAAGAUCUACUUUUCUAGCAGCCAGCCUCUUGCAAGCCGACGACGGUGCUGGUGGGGGGGGGGGGGGGGUGCUCCCAAACCGUUUUAAGGUUAAUGUUAUAUUGCCUCCUAUAUUUAAAAUACAGAAUUAGCUUUUUGUGCACUGUAUUGUCUGUGCUUUCAUCCUGGAUCAGGCUGUGCCAAGAUGGAAUUUUAAAAUUACAAACCAUCUCAUCCUGCACUUUCUACUUUGGCUUCAGAC